AUGCGAGAAGAUGGAGAGAUCGAGUCAGAUUCUGAGGAAGAUGUACAUGAACUCCCGACUAAAGAAGAUGAAGAGAAUGACCUAGAAGUUCUGAAUCUGGUGCAAGACGAGCAACAACGUGAGACUAUCUUUCACACACGAUGCAAGGUUCAAGAUAAGGUAUGUGUUGUGAUUAUUAAUAGUGGUAGUUGUACUAAUGUUGCUAGUUCAGUGAUGGUUGACAGAUUAGGUCUUAAGACGACGAAGCAUCCGAAUCCGUACAAGUUGCAGUGGUUGAAUGACGGUGGAGAACUUAAAGUGACGAAACAAGUGGUUGUACCAUUUACAAUUGGAAACUACAAGGACGAGGUCCUUUGUGAUGUUGUGUCGAUGGAUGCUACUCACCUUCUUUUCGGGCGCCCUUGGCAGUAUGACAAGAGGGCAAUGCAUGAUGGUUUUACAAAUCGAUACUCUUUUAUGCAUGCAGAUCAUUGUUUAUUGGCUGAGUUCCCUGCUGAUUUGCCUGCAUCGAUUGUGUCCCUUUUGCAAGAGUUUGAGGAUGUGUUUCCGAAAGAAACACCGAAGGGAUUACCACCUCUUCGUGGCAUUGAGCACCAGAUUGAUUUCAUUCCAGGUGCUACCAUUCCAAAUCGACCAGCUUAUCGUACUAACCCUGAAGAGAUGAAAGAGCUUCAAAGGCAAGUUACAGAAUUGAUGGACAAGGCUUAUAUUCGAGAAAGUCUGAGUCCAUGUGCUGUUCCGGUGUUACUUGAUGACAUGUUGGACGAGCUUUGCGGAGCCGUCAUCUUCUCCAAAAUAGACUUGAAGAGUGGAUAUCAUCAGAUUCGCAUGCGAGAAGACGAUGAAUGGAAGACAACCUUCAAAAAAAAGCUAGGAUCACGUAGAACAUCUGAGAGCUGUACUGCAGACUUUGAGAGAAGAAAGAUUGGUGUUGAAGUUGAUCAUGAGAAAAUAAAGGCAAUUCAGGAAUGGUCACGACCGACAUCGAUUACUCAAGUUAGAUCAUUUCAUGGUUUAGCUAGUUUUUAUCGACGGUUUGUUCCUAACUUCAGUUCUAUUACCGCACCCUUAACCGGAAUUAUUAAGAAGAAUUCCAGCUUCUUGUGGGGCGCAGUUUUAAUACAGGAAAAGAGGCCCGUUGCAUAUUUUAGUGAGAAACUGAGUGGAGCAACAUUGAAUUAUCUAGUUUAUGAUAAAGAGAUGUAUGCACUGAUUCGGGCAUUGGAGACAUGGCAGCAUUACUUGUUGCCUAAGGAGUUUGUGAUCCACACUGACCACGAGGCUUUACGAUAUAUCACAGAAAACAGGAUAUGCAUUCCACAGGGUUCAAUGCGUGAAAUACUGAUCCGUGAAGCACAUGAAGGUGGAUUGAUGGGUCAUUUUGGGGUCACUAAAACGUUACACACCUUAAAAGAGCAUCUUUUCUGGCCUAAGAUGCGCCGGACGUUGAACGCCAUCUGUGAACGUUGUGUGACAUGUAAGAAAGCAAAAUCGAAGGUUUCACCACAUGAUGUUGUACGAUUACAUGGUAUUCCUAGGUCGAUUGUUUCUGACAGGGAUGUGAAGUUUUUGAGUCAUUUCUGGAGGACUCUUUGGAGUAAACUUGGUACGAAACUUAUGUUUUCUACUACUUGUCAUCCCCAGACUGAUGGGCAAACUGAGGUUGUUAAUAGAGUUUUAUCUACUUUACUUCGAUCCAUCAUUAAAAAGAACAUCAAAACUUGGGAAGAUUGUUUGCCACACGUUGAAUUCGCUUAUAACCAUGCUGUACAUUCUGCUACUAAGAUGUCACCUUUUGAGGUUGUUUAUGGCUUUAAUCCUAUUACGCCUCUAGAUAUGUUGCCUUUGCCGCAGGAACAGGUGAUGAACAGGGACGGUAAAGCAAAAGCAGAAUACAUGAAGAAAUUGCAUCAAUAG